CAUUAGCGGGGCUUGUUUUACCACAGACCGCAUCCACAGCGAAGUGAGCUGCUGCAAACUGACUGCCUGGAUCCUGCAAGAGACUCGUUAGCAGUUAGAGGGAAAGUGUUAAGACAGCGGGGACUUCUGCACAGACAACACACUACAACGGAACUAUGAUGCACAGUACUUCACAGAGAACAUAAACCUGAGCUGCCUUUUACUCACAACGACGCUGGGACUGAAUCCAAUUUCUGCAUAGAGACCUCUGGGUUUGUUCCACCAUCAACGAGAUGCAUAUGAAUAGCUUAUUAAAUCAAUGGACGGACAUCUCCAGCAUGUGUGAUGUGGACGUGUCCUCUGAGCCCACCAGUCCCACCCUGUAUGGUGAGUCUUCUGACAAGUACUACCAUGUGGACCGGUGGCAGAAGCUCCGCACCGCCGUACGCAAACUGGAGUUCUGGGAAAACUUUACAGCUGAGCUUAUUGGGAGUGGCUUCUUCUCCAAAGUCUAUAAGGUGAUGCACAGCACCACUCGGAAGGUGAUGGUGGUGAAGAUCUACAAAAACGACGUGGACCAAGACAGCAUCGUACGAGAGAUCAGCCUGCUGCAGAAACUCUCCCACCCCAACAUCGUCAGAUAUCUGGGAAUAUGUGUCAAAGAAGACAAACUCUAUCCGAUCUUAGAGUAUGUAAAUGGUGGAUGUCUGGAGGAGCUUCUGGUCAGGAAAGACGUUCCCCUGUGCUGGAGAGAGAAGGUGGACCUGGCCUGUGAUAUAAGCAGAGGAAUGAUCUACCUGCACUACAAGAACAUUUACCACAGAGACCUCAACUCAAAGAACUGCCUGAUCCGGGUGACAUCUCGGGGUCGGGAGGCCCUGGUGACUGACUUCGGCCUGGCCAGGGAAGUGGUGGAGCUGCCAGUCAAAGACCCUGGCAGGAAGCUCUCACUAGUGGGCUCAGCCUUUUGGAUGGCCCCAGAGAUGCUCAGAGGGGAGCCAUAUGACCGCAAGGUGGAUGUAUUCUCCUUUGGCAUUGUGCUCUGUGAAAUCCUGGCCAGGAUCCCUGCAGACCCAGAGAUACUACCCAGAACACAGGACUAUGGUCUGGAUGUGAAUGCAUUCAGGGAGCUGGUGAUUGGCUGUCCUCAGCGUCUCCUGGAGUUGGCAGCCAGCUGCUGUAUGCUGGAGUCCUUCCGACGGCCAGCGUUCACAGAGUUGCUGGAUGAGUUGGGAGAAGUUGCUGAGAGUCUGGAGCCGCCACCAAAAUCUGAUCUGACCACGAGCUGAGUCUCCCGUCAUCCAGCAACAGGACCGGAGUGUCUGGGAUUAUUCGCCAAUGUCUGAACAGGACUACACAUGACCAUGGCUGAACUUGUCUUAAUUGAGGUGGUGCAGAUAUACUAGAUGUGUUUUUGGAGAGCAGUGGAAAUUUUCCUGACUUCUCAUUGGACACUUUACUUUGACACACUUGUGUACAGAUGAAGUUUGACUCGUAGGAGUGAAUAUACAGUAUGGUCUGUUUUGUUUUUUUUGUUUUUUUUUUUUUGCAGCACGUCUUUCUUGACUGAAAGGUCUUAUCCCCAUUUCCUGUUCUUUGUGUGUGGUUUGUUUGUAACUGACGAUACAGAUGAUCAAGUCUGUUGAUGUAUUUUCGGCCUCUUCUAUCUGCUCACCCAUCCCUUUUGAUUCUGCAGGCCUGGAAUCUGUUUCAGCGCUUCUCCAACAGGAAAUUGCAUUUGACUGAGCAAGAAUGGUCUGCCCUCUAACAAACAGAUCUCCGGAUAUCAUUUCCUAUAAGAUGGGACACAAAACCAGUUUUGAAAGCAGAACAGUCAUUGUUUCACAUAACAGAUACAUGACUAAUACAUCAGGAGUUUAAGAGAUUUUAAGUUGACAUAAGAAUUGUCAGGCAUGCAUGUUCGAGUUUGCAGUCAUAUUAAAUAAAGUUGCUCUCAUUUUAAGCUAUUUAUUAUUUCCAUAAAAUUAUAUUUUUCUUGAUUAACGCUGAAAACCUUCAACAUAUCAGCAUUUUCAGAAACAAAGAAAACAUUUAUUCAGUAUAAUGACUUUGCAUUUUUUAGUUUUCAGUGAUGUGAAUUUAAUGUCCAAAUCUCUUUUUGCUUUGUUCUGUUUUGUUGUUAUUUUAAUAAGGUAGUGAGUGUGUAAAUAUUUAAGCUUUUCUGUUUUGCUCACAUUCUUUUGUAAUUCUGCCACCUUCUGGAGGAUUGAAAGCUCCACAUUCUUUUACGUUGGCCGGCAUUUACUACUUUCUGGUCUGUGUGUGGUCUCAGUGAUUUCUCAGGCAGCUACAACAACUCUCAUAAAAGCCACACUUGGUUUCUGUCCUUAAAUUUAUUCUGCCUUUUUUUUAAAGGAAACAGUUCUGUAACAGUAAGUUAGAUCUCAAACUUCAGAGAUACUGGUUUAGUUGUCUUGCACAUACAUGCAAGUGAUAAAACGGUGAAAAAAAGAAUAAUCAAAUACAGGUGAACGCAACAGAGAGAUGGAGAUGCCUGAAAAUUCAACAUGCUUUUUAGGCUCAGUGAUUGUAUGAAGAUAAAUCUGCUUUUCAGAAGUUGCUGUUUCAGUUUUCACAUUCAUCAUGAAAAACUAAUGGAACCUUUUUCAUUUAAUCAGCUUACAUACAUUUUGAAAAAUAAAGUUUCAGUUCUAUUUCAUAUAAA